AUGGAUUUUAAGAUAUAGAAAAAGCUUUACUUGAAGGAAUUCAAUAAAAACUUGGAGAAGUAUGUAAACCAUCCUCUACAUGAGUACAAGCCAGCAAACAUUCAAUUUCUAGCUUAGGGUGGCUAGUCCAAGAUAUUGUCAUUUUACUCUGAAAAUAUGAAGAGAGAUUUAGUGAUAAAGAUCUAUCAAGCGAAGUACUUCAAGCAAGCUGAAUCUGAAUUCAAUAACAUGCAUCUGCUGGAUCAUGAGAAUAUUCUGCAAGUAUAUUAAAUAGGUACUAUCUAUGUCGAAGAUGAAGAUUAAAAUAGCAGAUUAAGAGACACUGGCUCUUAGAUUAAUGCUCUUGAUAGAGCUGUUGAUUAGAUUGACAAUAGUUUAGAAGAGUAGAAAUCGCUAUAGGACGGAGAGGGUUCCCAGGAUUAAGAUGAAGUUAAGGAAGAUAUUCGUGAUAAUGUAGUCAUUGAUGAAGAUAAAUACCUAGAAGACGAGGAUGACGACAGAGCUUUUGAUGGAUAAGAUGCUGACUACUUCAUCAUUAUGGAAAAAGCAGAUUGCACUCUGCUCGAUGAUAUACAAAGAAGAAGAGCCAAGAAACAGCCAUACACGUCAGAUGAAUUAAUUCAGAUCUGGUCUACGAUAAUUAAUGUAUUCACAUAUUGCUAGCUCUGUGGUAUCUCCCAUAAUGAUAUCAAACCAUCCAAUAUCCUUCUAGUGAAGAAUCAAGAUGGACAGGGUGGAAUUAAUAACUACAUUGUAAAGAUUAGUGACUUUGGCACCAGUAUGAAUGUCAGCGAGACUAGAAACAUACAACUGAGUAAUAAAGAUAUGAUGUUCACGAACUAUAAUAAAUUUAUGACUCCCCUUUAUGCUUCCCCCAGCAUACUUUAAAAAGCUGAUAAGAUCAAUUAUUACCUUGAGGAUGUAUUUAGCUUAGGUGUGACAUUUCUGCAAAUGGUAGGACUCUUCAGUUCAGAUGAACUGCUGUCUUUUUGUUUAAAUAGCAAGCAAUAAAAAAUUCAGUUAGCUUUAUCUAAAUCUUAAACUAAACUUACACAUUUUCAUUAGCAGCUAUUAUCAUCAAUGAUUACUUUUGAUUCAGAAGAAAGGCCAAGUUUCAUUGAAUUGAAAGACCUUAUGGAGACACCUUAAUUAAAUUUAAACUAUAAUAACGAAGGAUAUAUUCAGGCAUUAUUCAAGGAAAAAGUCUUUAGCAGACUACUUUAAGACUAGAAUGGAUAAGUAAUAAAUUAGGAUGACAUCGAAAUACUUAAGAUUUCUUAGUAAUAAGUAUACUAGGACAUUCCUAAAGAAUCAAUUCUGGACUAUCAUUAAUCUAUUAUGAACGAGCAAAAAGAUGAAAAUCAAAUAGAUAUAGGGAAAAGAGUAACUUAGCAAUUCACUAGAAGAAUUCAAGGUGCUACAUUGUAAAUUAGAAAACUUUAAAACAAUGUUACGAAACUGAUAUGUGGAAUACCAUAGUUCGAGCAGAUUGAUUAUAGAAUACUAGCCAAAGCUGUAUUCUAGUCUAAUGAAUUGCUAGUCUUAGAUUUCAUUAAACCACUUGAUUCCAAUGCAUUACUAAAGCUUUACAAACCAAUAAAGCCAGAUACUCAACUGUAUCAUAAGGAAAGACCUCAUAUAUUUUCUAGUGAUUGUGUUACUACAGUAACUCCAGAAGGGUAAAUAUUCGUAAUGGGAGGAAAAUAUAAAUGUAGUUUUGCUAGAAGCACUUUUGAAAUCAUACUGGAUGUAUUAAAAGAAUAAUUUGCUCCAUAGAUACAAACUACUAAACUUCCUAUUGCAUAUAGGUAUAUGAAAAAUGUAGGUCACUAUUACUUUUAGUAAAGAAGGGAGCUAUUAGCAGAGAGAGCAUCAUUUGGAGCAUUUAGUACUAGAAAAGAAAUUUAUAUAGUAGGAGGUUAAGAUAACAGAUAGACAGAACUAACAAAAGUUGAAUCUUACGAUAUAAAAAGAGAUGCUUGGAAAAUCAUGCCGUCUCUUUUAAAGCCGAGAUAACUACCUACAGUUUGCAUGUUCAGAUCUAGAUUCCUGUAUGUCUUUGGUGGACUAAAUCAAUCAGUCAAAGACUCAUUCAUACCAAAAACAAUCUCAACUAUUGAAAGAUUAGAUGUGAGAGAAGGCAACUCUUGGGAAGUUAUUAACCCAGUCAAAAACGGCUUAAAAAUAAAAGGUCACUCAUUAGCUUCUUUGCAAAUCUCAGCAAAUAAUAUACUGAUAUUUGGUUCUUAUUUCAAAUCUUAGGAGCCCUUCUAAGAUAAAAUACUGUACUUUACCUUUGAUCAUGAAAAAUCUGUGAUUAAAGAUUUUUACUAAAACAAUGAGGAACGAGAUAAGAUAUAAGACGGUAGUUUUACUGAUCAAGUAAUUACCAAUAACGGGAAUAUUUAUGCUAUUAAUACAAUGAGCAGUGAGGUUAAGUCCUCAAAUGUUCAUCAAUUUUGUAUUGACGAUUUUACUAUUCAAUUAAACUGA